UUAAUUUUGAACGAUACAAAAUAAAAUAAUCUUUUUCGUAAGGAUACUUAUGGGAUUAAAAGAACUUCCUGUUUACACACUGUUAUUGGCUUUCAUUCUAAUUUAUAAUUACCUUAUAAUCCAAAUCUAUAAAUCUACAAACCAAAUAAAAGCCUUAGACGAUAUAGGAAUAAAUCCUUCUUUACCAGUAAUCUACAUAAUUACUCCUACCGUAAACAAUCUCGCUCAAAGAGCCCACUUGACUAGAAUGGCUUAUACUCUGGCUUUAGUGCCUAACGUGAUGUGGAUUGUUGUAGAAGAUGCUGAUGAACCUUCACCCAAGGUGUUGAGAGUUUUGACUAAUUCUUGGCAUCCUUAUGUCCAUUUGUGGAUUCACAAGGAAUAUAAAAAUAAACAUCAUAAAGGAUGUGCGCAAAGAAACUUAGGUUUGGCUUGGUUGAGAAAUUUGUUUGGUGUCGGUCAAUUGUCAACACUUUCUACCAAUUCCUAUCUGAAAUCAGAAACAAUGAAUGAUUUUCAAGCAUCCCGACCCUCAUACGCACAAUUAGCAUCAAAAUUUGAAAAUAAAUAUCACAAAUCUAUUAAUCCUUUUAAUUUUAAAAACUCAAAAUUUUUAACCAAUACUGCUUCAUGGCGAGAUAAUUGGAGUAAUAAGAAUGGGAUUGUUUAUUUUGCAGACGAUGACAAUACUUAUGAUAUAGAGAUAUUUUAUCAAAUGAGACAAAUAAAGAAAGUCGGUGUAUGGCCUGUAGCCUUUAGUGGUGGAUUGAAUGUGGAAAGACCUUUAGUGAUAAAAGGAAAAGUGACAGGCUGGUUAGUGGCUUACGUGAAACAAAGACCUAUGGCUACGGACAUGGCAGGAUUUGCUAUAAAUCUCGCCUUGGUAUUACAGAAUGCAGACGUUUAUUUCCACGAAUCAUAUAAAAAUAAUUGGCUUGAGAGUAAUUUUCUCAGCAAAUUCGUAGAUUUACAAGAUUUGGAACCACUAGCAAAUAAUUGCACUCAGGUAUUGGUAUGGCACACGAAAACACGUCACCCAAAUCUUGAUCUAGAAUCAAAAUUCAUAAAGAGAUUCAAUGCACCCUCAAAUCAAAAUAUGGAAAUUUAAAAUGAAAAUAAAUUAUUUUUCUAAAAUUAUUAUAUAUAUUUUAUAUACUUAUGAUAUUUUAUGAAAAUUUUACAUUCAAAUAACUACAAUAUCAAAUCAUCAUUCAAACUUUAUAG